AUGGCUUCAAGUAAUCCUUCAAGAGCAGCUACUGGUAUAAUCUUAGAUAGGCCAAGUUCUUUAAAGCAAACAGUUAGAGGUGUACAUACAUACACUAUAUACGCGCUUUCAACUAGACUGACACAUAAAGACUCUUUGACGUUGUCUAAACCACCCAAGCCUGGUCCGAACACCGACAAUUCUAAUCUCUUUGAGAGGCAACUAUUAUUACUUGUAAAUGAGAAAUUUCCGUCGAACGACAAAGAAGUGUUUGUCACCGGUGUAGAAAUUUAUGAAUAUCAUGAUUUUGACACAAAUUCACUUAAUAUCUAUAUAUCUAAAGUGGAUACUACUGGAUAUAGUCCUUGUUCUUCCACCCCUACCAAAAAUUUGUUGACCGCCUACAUGAAAUUCUAUUUAGAAGACGCUAGCAUUAAUAAACAACUUUUAUCGAAACGUAGAAUGAUCAAAAUUAAUGUUUUCGCACGGCCACAUCCCCAAUACCUAUUUCACCUUUCAGAGAAAAAUCCGACGAAGCGCGUAUUAAGUGACUCUGAAUUAUUAAAAUGGUGGAAAAGUAUUCUUCAACAACCUUUUUUACAUGACGAUAUAUGUAGUGUACAAGAGAAAACUCAAAAGAAACGAGGAUGGUUUUUUUUUCCUGGAAUGUCUUCCGAAAAAAUUGCACGCUCAUUUAUUAAAGAUAAUGUGGACGGUGAAGUGGAAAAACGUGAAAAUUUAUUCUGGCAAUAUGGAUAUCCGUAUCCGGAUGAAGAAAAAGCAAUAAAAGUUAUUCCUAAGUUUGAGGAUGAUGCAAAGUCAAGAUGGUUGGACACUGCUAGAGAAUCAUCAUUGACAGUAAAGAAUUUCUGGGAGUUGAUAUCUAUUGGAGGUGAAUUUGCUGGCGGGAAACAGGCCGGUUUCUUUUGGAUUGAGGCUGCCUUAGAAGAUGAUCAAGGUUUAGUAAAUCAGGAUAUAAAGACAGUGCCCGUUAUGGAUCAAUGUUUAGUAAAUCAGGAUAUAAAGACAAUGCCCGUUAUGGAUCAAAGUUUAGUAAAUCAGGAUAUAAAGACAAUGCCCGUUAUAGAUCAAAGUUUUAUUACGGGAAUAAAGAAAGAACUUGAAGAAGAAGUCGGUGGAGUUGUUGUUAGUGCUCACACGUAUGUUCAAGCGCUUGGGGAGCUUUUUGCUCAAGAAUUCCAUACUGAAGAAGCUGCAAUUGGGUCAACCUCAAAUUGGUGUCGUUAUUUUUCCGAACUACAAGAAAAAGCUAAUCCGGAAGAUUUAAUUAUUAAAUUUACGGUAGAUAAUAGUACCGUAACACAUAAUGAUAGUCAGCAGCUUAAUAAUACUCCGGUUAAUAAUUUGCAGAUGCGUGUCAAAAGAAAGGCAGUUCAAAAUGAUAAUGUAAAUUCAACAACAGAUCAAAGUGUCAACGUGUUGUCUCCUUCUUUGAUAAAGAGGGUUAAAAAAUAA